AGACACUUAGAGAAACUAAGCCAGUGGCAAUUCAUGACAGCAAUGGGAAACUUAUACACAAGCUAUGCUCCACUGACCUAUGGACCCCUCUUUUUUUCCCCUUUUCUACAUGUCUUAACUGUUGCAGAGGCUAAACCAGGAACUAUAAAAAUUAAAUUGAAUUCCUUUUAUAAUUCUAAAUUUCUUCAAACCUCAUUUCCAAACCAUAUAGCAAAUGGGACGCAUAUUUUUGCAUGUGCUUCUUAGCUUGGUGAAUUUUGAAAGGAUGUGGUCGUGGCCUUUGACAUCAGAGGAGGAGCUCAGCGGUAAGGCUGGCUGAUGUUGAUAGAAAAGAUAAGGUUAGACAAGUUGCCUUUGAAUGACUCGCUCAAGAUCAACUGUAUCCUGUUGCAUUCCCAGCUGUUUCUCUCCAUCUGUUGCACUGAGGUGUGAUGCCCAAGACGCAUCACUUUUCAGAGCUGGACCAUGAACAACUUCAUCCUCCUGGAAGAACAACUGAUCAAGAAAUCCCAGCAGAAAAGAAGGACUUCUCCCUCGAAUUUUAAAGUCCGUUUCUUUGUUUUAACAAAAGCCAGUCUGACAUACUUCGAGGAUCGCCAUGGGAAAAAGCGCACAUUGAAAGGCUCCAUUGAACUUUCCAGAAUCAAGUGUGUGGAGAUCGUCAAGAGUGACAUUAGCAUCCCAUGCCACUAUAAGUACCCUUUUCAGGUCAUGCAUGACAACUACCUCCUGUAUGUGUUUGCUCCAGACUGUGAGAGCCGGCAGCGCUGGGUACUCACCCUUAAAGAAGAAACGAGGAAUAACAACAGCCUGGUAUCCAAGUAUCACCCUAAUUUCUGGAUGGAUGGGCGGUGGAGGUGCUGUUCCCAGCUGGAGAAGCUUGCAGUAGGCUGUGCCCCCUAUGACCCAACCAAGAACGCUUCAAAGAAGCCUCUUCCUCCUACUCCCGAAGACAACAGACGGUCACUUCAGGAACCUGAAGAAACCCUGGUCAUUGCCUUGUAUGACUACCAAACCAAUGACCCCCAGGAGCUUGCCCUGCAGUGUGAUGAAGAAUACUACCUGCUGGACAGCUCUGAGAUCCACUGGUGGAGGGUUCAAGAUAAGAACGGGCAUGAAGGAUAUGCACCAAGUAGUUACCUGGUGGAGAAAUCUCCAAAUAACCUUGAAACAUAUGAGUGGUACAAUAAAAACAUCAGCAGAGACAAAGCUGAAAAACUUCUCUUGGACAUGGGUAAAGAAGGAGCUUUCCUGGUCCGAGAUUCCAGGAUACCCGGGACGUACACAGUCUCUGUGUUCACCAAGGCCAUCAUAAGUGAGAACCCCUGUAUAAAACAUUACCAUAUCAAAGAAACAAAUGACAACCCCAAGCGAUACUAUGUGGCUGAGAAGUAUGUGUUUGACUCCAUCCCUCUCCUCAUCAAGUAUCAUCAGUACAAUGGAGGAGGCUUGGUCACUCGACUCCGGUAUCCAGUAUGCUCCUGGAGACAAAAAGCCCCAGUGACUGCAGGGCUAAGAUAUGGGAAGUGGGUGAUCCACCCCUCAGAACUAACGUUUGUGCAGGAGAUUGGCAGUGGGCAAUUUGGACUGGUGCACCUGGGUUACUGGCUCAACAAGGACAAGGUGGCCAUCAAGACCAUUCAGGAAGGAGCAAUGUCAGAAGAGGAUUUUAUUGAAGAGGCCGAGGUCAUGAUGAAACUCUGUCAUCCCAAACUUGUACAGCUCUAUGGAGUGUGCCUGGAGCAAGCCCCCAUCUGCCUAGUGUUUGAGUUCAUGGAACAUGGCUGCCUGUCAGAUUACCUGAGAAGUCAACGGGGACUCUUUGCUGCAGAGACCCUGCUGGGCAUGUGCCUGGAUGUGUGCGAGGGAAUGACCUACCUGGAAAAGGCCUGUGUCAUCCACAGAGACCUGGCUGCCAGAAACUGUUUGGUGGGAGAAAACCAAGUCAUCAAGGUGUCUGACUUCGGGAUGACAAGGUUCGUCCUUGAUGAUCAGUAUACCAGCUCCACUGGCACCAAGUUUCCAGUGAAGUGGGCAUCCCCAGAAGUGUUCUCUUUCAGUCGCUAUAGCAGCAAGUCAGAUGUGUGGUCAUUUGGUGUGCUAAUGUGGGAAGUCUUCAGUGAAGGUAAAAUCCCAUAUGAAAACCGAAGCAACUCAGAGGUCGUGGAAGACAUCAGCACUGGCUUUCGGUUGUACAAGCCCCGCCUGGCCUCCAGUCACGUCUACCAGGUCAUGAAUCAUUGUUGGAAGGAGAAACCAGAAGACCGGCCACCGUUCUCCCAGCUGUUAAGUCAGCUGGCCGAAAUCGCAGAAUCUGGACUCUAGCAGGGACUCACUGACCAGCCACAGCUGUGCACCCUGAGUGAAGGAACCAUGUCCUUUUUCCAGAGCAUUAAAAGCUGCCACCAGCCCAGGACCCCUGACAGGUGCCUGGACCAUGGUGCCAGUCCUAUACUACUAUGACUGCAGCAUCCUAAAAGAGGCUGGAGGGCCAGCCACUGGGCCAAAGACUGGGCUACAACAGUAGCAGUAUCUCUCUGUCGACCUCACCCCAGCCUCUUGUCAUAUGCUAUCUAAAAACUUUACCACCUGCUUUUAUUUCUUGCCCUUCUUAGCGAUAGGGAGAAGCAGGUAUAGGGCGCAUUCUUCUUUUUAACUAUUAUUUUAAGCAUAGGUCCAAUAUUCAAGGGACCUUUUAUUUGACCCAAUGAGACAAUAUCCCCAUUUAUGGAUGAAAGAGUGGGAAGCCUCAUUCUUUUUCUAAGAAAUGCAAGAGGUGAUUAACCAGAGGGCUCUGCUGCUGCUGUGGGGCUGCCAGCCACAACUUCCUGCCUCACAUGAGGUGGAGUGGCUGCUUGUGCCAGAGGCUGGAUGUCAUGAGGUUCAGAGCACACUGCCACCUCUCUUUGAUGAAGCAUAGAGAAUUUGAUUGGGUGGAGAGAGUGGAAGGACCCAUUCAAACCCCAAGGCUAGACCAUUGUGUGUCUGAGAUUGGUCAGGAAUGAGAGGGCCUCUGAUGGUGGGGAAUCAACAGGUACAAACAAGGCAUUGGGUUGUUACCGAUCAAUCACCCUGCUUCGUAGUGAGCCAUGUGGGUACCUGGGUCUCCUGUUCUAUGCAGAGUGUUGAGGCAAUGACUACAAAAUGUUUAUCAUUCCAGCCCCUCAGGAACAAAACACUCUGCACUACCCACCUGAACCAUGAGAGGGCAGCACUGUGCUGGUCUGUGUGGACUUGAGACCUUCGGGUUCUCAAUAGGCCUUAGGAGUUUAGGAGUUUUAAGGUUGAGACUUCAAGGCUCUCAAAAUCCUGACAAAAGAAGUUUGCCCUUGCUCAGACAAUCUGGAAGGUGCUUUGAACAUGCACAAGAUGUCUACUGUUGAUUAGCACCUACACAGGUCACAUGCGUAUAUCCUGAGCUAUAAGCCAUUCUUGGAGAAUCACAGUCCAUACGAACUCGACGGCACAGUAUUAUUGACGAUGUACAGAAAGCAGAAGCCAGACAGCUGCCCAGAGUGGCAGAAUUGAGAAGGACAGAGAUUGAAAUGCCACCCAAAUACGACUCCAGAGCAGCCUCAUUUCUCUUCAACACUGCCUCCUCCUGAGAUUGCAUUGCUGAGCAGACUAAUACAAGCGUGCAGUGCCACCCAGUGACGCUGCUCCUGCAUAGACCACUGGGGGGCGCAAUGGAUCCCUCCAAAUUGAAAUAGGUGCUUGUCUUUCUUCAUCUUCACCCUCACCUGGAUCUGAGUUCACAACUUCAAAGCUACCCAGAACUAACCCUUUCAUUCUCCCAACCUACCAGAGUCACAUUUCCUGAGGCCAUUCAUACAAGAGCUUCAAAGGGGCUUUCAACAAGUCUCCUGCUGUUUCCUGUAAUUACCCCCUCCCCCUCCAGCUGGUUCUCUUGCAAGAAGGAUUAUUCCCUGAUGCCAGGCACACUUGAUUCUGCUAAGGUGUUCAGAUAAAGCUCCCAGAGAAGUGAUCAGAGUUGUGGAUCCCUCUUUCUAAAUCACACGGUAUUCUGGCUGGCUUGAGACUCAGAUGCAAUCACUUCCAACUAUAAUUAUGGUGUCCAGAUAAAACUCUGUCAUUCAGAAAAAUGGUCUUCCUCAACUGGCCCACAAUCAUCCCUGAUUACUUCUCAGCCUACUGUACAUUCUCUUUCUGGAACCCUUAAUUUAGAGACAGUUUUGGGACAUUUAAUAUAGAAGAAAACCACUGCCACUGAGAGAUGUCUGUCUGGGGUGUGGUUUAGAAGACUGCCCCCAUGUGGUGGUAUUGUCUUCCUUAACUUCAGAUCCAAGGAGGCUUGACCUGUGUGCACCUCUCCAGGGUCCUCCAUGGGAAGAUGGGAUACUUGUCGGUUGGUUUCUUUCUUACACCCUUACAAAUGAUGCUCUGUAUUCACAGAGAACCCCCAGAUGAAAAGUUGGGGUUCCAGUUGUACUUUGUAGGUCUUGAAAUUUUUAAUGUUUUGAACUAUGUAUUUAUGCCUGAAUUGAGAGUAUUUAUUGCUCAUGCUCAAGAUAAAAAUAUUGCAUAUAUAUCCAUGCCUUGGUGGCACACAUCUUUAAUCCCAGUACUUGGGAGGCAGAGGCAGACAGAUCUCUGUGAGUUUGAGGCCAGCCUGGUCUACAAAGCUACACAGCGAAACCUUGUCUCAAAAGAAAAAAAAAUUACUGCAUAUAUGUCUUAUCCUCUGUAGAGGCCACAAGUCAACAGUUGCAUAUGGCAAAAAAAUAAAGCUAUAUAUUUUACAAAUACA